AUGGUGUUAAACUCAUUAAAUACUGAUUUUAAUGCAUGGACAUUGUAUAAGAUUAAAAAAAUUUGGGCUUCUUCUGAUGAUUUCAUAAGGGCAAAACAAAAAUUAAAGAUGGCUGAAGUAAUGUCAACUUCUGAAGACUUAAACUCUGAAAGUGAUGCUCAACAAGGCAAACUUAAACGUCGUAUGCUUGCAAAAAAAACACAAUUUUAA